AUGCCGCCCAAAGUCAUCAAUGCCAGUACUUUCAACAUGGGCGGGGCUCCUGGAAACACCAGGAAGGGCCUAUCUCACUCGAUUCACAGCCCACAGGCAGACGAUGGCCCUCAGAUACGACCGACACACUUCAUCAUUCGCGAUGGCAGCCCCGGGGCCAUUGUACCCGUCAUACCAGUCGACCUUCUCCCAGACUAUGUGGCCAUCGUCGGCCUGUCACGUACGCUGACCAUCAACGACACCACCGGCAUGUCGAACCUGGGCACAUUCGCCAAGCCGCAAGGUCACUUCCAGCUACAAUUCGUGUCCCCAUCUCCUGUAACAAAGCGCAGUGGUGUCACUGAACCUUCAAAGUCAGCGACCUCGCAACCAGCUCCCAGAACAUUGACCGACGUCCCUCUGCGCGCUCCUCCCCCUCCCCCACCCCGGGUCCUCGACUGGGCCGAAGACGACACAGACUCGGUCUCGACAGACAACUUCUCCUCGGCCGAGCUCUCCGCGCCAGACUCCUCGUCAAAGUCCUCCUCCGGCUCCAGAGACAAACGAAAACCGCUCCGACGAGCCCCGGUCCCGGCUGGGGCCGCCAUUGAGGAGAGUUCGGAUGCCGAGAUCGCGGAGCGUAUGCUCAAGCUUGGUCGCGUCCAGCAGCAAGCAGUCGCUCGUAACCAGCAUCACCAUCCUGCCCAGGCCCUGAAGACGGCGGCAGCGGCGGCCGCCGCGGCGGCGUCUCACAGCAGCGACGGCAGCACCAGAGCCAGCUCCAGUAUUGCCGCCGGAGCCUCGAAGCCUACCCCUCCCAAGCUCACCGCAGGGAAGCAAAAAGUAGUCCGGCCGGACGGCAGCCUCUGCCGGCACUGGUGCCAGACGGGCCAGUGCAGCUGGGGCAACGAGUGCCGCUAUACGCACCAGAUGCCUCUGACGCUCGAGGGGCUCGCGGAUGUCAACAUGACGGAGCUGCCGUCUUGGUGGCGUAAGCAGGCCGGCUUGCCUGCUGAAGGGACCAUUGACCCGCGCAUCUUUGCUGUUGCCACCGUUGCCACCGGUCUAAAGAAGAGCAGCAGCAGCCCCUUUCCGGCGGCAGUAGGCGUCGCUCACACUGCUCCGCCGCCGAGGGCUCUUGAGUCGCCAAGGAAGGCUGCUAGGGUGAAGCCGGGAAAGGCUGAGAGGAAGAUGGCGAGGGAGCUUCGUGGCGUGCAGUUCGGGAUCGAGAGGGCGCAGGCGACAAUGUCAUCUCCUGUUGUUGCUGUUGGCAGUAAGAAGAAACUGAGCUUGGGGCAAAUGCAGAGUCAGGCAGUGGGGAUUCAGCAGGUUGACGAGGCUGUUGAGAAGCUUGUUGAUAUUUAA